CCCUCGGGACCGGGGAUGGCGGGGGCCUGCGGAAGGGUAGCCCGGGACCCCCGCUUUGACGAUUUGUCAGGGGAAUAUAAUCCUGAAGUGUUUGACAAAACGUAUCAAUUCCUGAAUGACAUCCGAGCCAAAGAGAAAGAGCUUGUGAAAAAGCAGUUGAAGAAGCACCGUUCAGGGGAGAAGCAUGAGAAGCUGCAGCAGCUGCUUCAGCGAAUGGAGCAGCAAGAAAUGGCACAGCAGGAGCAGAAGCGGCAGCAGGAGCUGCGCCUGGCUCUGAAGCAGGAGCGGCGGGCGCAGGCCCAGCAGGGCCAUCGUCCGUACUUCCUGAAGAAAUCUGAACAGCGCCAGCUGGUCCUAGCUGAGAAGUUCAAGGAGCUGAAACGCAGCAAGAAGCUAGACAGCUUCUUGAGUCGAAAAAGGCGCCGGAACGCAGGCAAAGACAGGCGACAUCUCCCUUUGAAUAAGGACUAAUAGGAACUGACCUCAGCUCUGCCACUGCCCCAGUGAGAACUGGGUCUGUGGGACAGACUGGGGCUUGGCCUAUUCUGGGUCUCUCCCCUUCAAGGACAAGGAUCACAGCUGCCCUUGAACUAGAUUGGCUCAGCAAUGACUAAAGGGUUCUUGGGCUGCCCUAGGGAUGGACAGGAACAGCUCAGCCUUCGCCAUGCCACACUCCUCUGCUUGAAUCUGGUUCAUCAUGUACUCGUGUCCUCCCAUCCUUGCCUUAAACCAGGGAUAGGAACCUUUUUUCUGCCAAGGGCCAUUUGUAUAUUUCUAACAUUCAUGGGCCAUACAAUAUCAUCAGUUUAAAAAUUAGCGGCCGUAUUUGAUCAAACAUUUAAUGAACUCAUCCCUAAUGCCGUGGCAGGGCCAGACCAAGUGAUGCCAUGGGCCUUAUAUGGCCCGCAGGCUGAACAUUCCCAGCCCCUGUGAAAUCAGUAAUUCUGACAGGAAAAAAAGGGUCAGUGACCUUAGGUUAGUGAAGGCCAUGGAGUCUGUUGAUGGCUUCCAGGACUGGGACUUUAUGUAGGAGCCAGUUAAUAAACAUUCCUGUCGCUCAAAAAAAAAAAAUAAAAAAAAAUAAAG